CCACUACUUGCGGGAGAGGGGAGGGCUCGGGGUGUGAUGAUUGGCACUGCAAAAUCCUGCAGUCCUAGGAGGGCACAGAAAAACUAUGGAAUUGAGCCAAAUUACCGCUCCUGGAUGCAGCAACACUUCUGAGCUUCAAAGGCUGCUUCUGGCACUGAGGAGGUGCAUUGGUGAUGCCAGGUGCAACCAGACACAGUGAAGCUCCUGAGGUACCCUGCUGCCAGGGAGAUUUCUGCAGUUCCAAUUCCUGGUUAGAUCUAAAUGAGGCAGUUAAUUCAGUGAUGUGAUGCAUUACCUACUGAUAAAGUUUAGAGCAACCCCUGGCAGCCACCCUGUGGCAGGGAGUUCCACAAAUAUCUGCACUGCACAUGGGCUUCUGGAUGAAUUGCCCAGGCCCCACCCAAAAGUAAUACAAAUUAUGUCAACGUAAGUCCAGAAGAGUAAAAAUGAAGCCCCUGGUAUGGGCAUAUACCUGUGAAAGGGCAAGACACACAAAGUACUUGCAAAUGGUAUCUAACCUCCUUUAAGCAUCCUAAGCAUGACUAAAGGCAAUAUAUUCCCAGUGGUUUCUUACUUCUCUCCAGUUUUCAAGCCUUGGCUCUUACCUUUUCAGUCUGCCCCAUCCCCUAUAACAUACAGCAAUGCAUAUGAUGUGUGUGAAACAAAAUUCGUUUAUCUGCCUACCUGUGGAGGUGCACAGGCUGAGCUCUCCUCUCAACACAAUUUAAGCAGUUUGCACAGCCCCCCACUGGAGCUGAGGCACAGAAUGGGACACGACUCAGAGCACUGAGGGAGUGAUCUGGAGACCUGGAAUUUGUGAUGCUACGACUGUGCUUAUGUAAGGUUAGCAAGACUGUGUAGAAUUCUGCUGUUUCAUGGCUGUUUCUUCUAAAAAAGGAGCUUGGGGGCUUCUGCAUGGUGCUACAGACACCUGCCCUGCCAUGGUAAAGAAAACCUCUGGGUGGUACCCAUGCCAUUCCUGUCCCAAUGAGGAUUCCUCUCUCUUCUGUGUCCCCAGACAGCAUAGUGGCCAAGUUCUGGCCUAAAUAGGCCUGGCAGCUUUGAAGUCCUGUACUGCCUUCAUCAGCUCACCUUUGAGCAGCGCUGGCUGCAUAUAAUGUUGCCCGAGCAGGUUUGGAUGCCAGACCCAGGCUAUGUUGUUCUUGAAGAGAUACUGCCUUCUUUUAUUAAAGCUGGAAUUUACCCUAGGGACUCAAAUCCUCAAAACAGCAAUGCCAAAUGUCAAGAAUUGAGUGAUGCAUAGCACAAGGAGUCAUGAUGUCGGCUGCAGGGCAGGAAAGGGGGUGAGAAUGACAGGGAAGCCUUUUGUGCAGGGAAUGGGAUGGAAAGUCCUUUAUGGGACAACUGCUCUCACAAAGAUUAAUUUCUUUCUUAGAUCCAUUUCUUCUGGGUCUAUGCUUUCCAGCAGAGAUUAAAUUUGGUAGGAAAGUUUGGGCUGUUAAACUGCAACAUUUUCCCAAUGAAGGUGCAAAAGACAAGAGAUCAUGUAUGGAGCCAGGGAAAGGGAAAGAGCUGAAAGAGACAGUUCCCUAUCUGCCCAUCUGCCCUCAUCUCCAUCCAUCUGGAGGUGCUCACAGGGCAGAACAGAAGGGAGAAGUGUUUGUGUGCUCAACAUCCGCCCCAGUUUCUGAGCACCCUGCCAGACAGAAGGUUUUGCUGUGUCCCUGCAGCUCUGAGCAGCACCAGUCCUGCCUGCAAGACCCUUGGGAACAGAGGCCCGUCUCCCGGGUGCCCCUAGGAGAGCCAAGCCGAAUCGCCCCCUCCUGCAUGCCACUCUCCCACCACAUAGCUGUUCUCUGCAUCCCUCUUUUCUUCCUCUCUGUCUUCCCUCCACUGUCCUCAGCUUCUUUUACCGCACUCCUCAUUCCUUCAUCCUCCCCUCUUCUGCGUUCCCCUCAUCCCUCUGCUCAUCUCCUUGCGCCUCCCUCUCCCGCUUUUAUUCUCCAUCCCGGUAUCUCCCCCCGCUCAUCUUUGUUCUCCUGCCCUGUCGUCCAUCCCCUCCUUCUCCUCCUUCUCCUGCCGGUGUUUCCGUGCGUGGCGCCCAUUGGCUACCGGCACCCGGCACCCGGUACCGGCGCUCCGCUCCCUCUGCCCGAGCCCCGCGGAUGGCGGGGGCUGCGUGGGGCACAGGCGCACGGCCGUGGGGCUGAGGGGCCGCGCAUUCCGCCGCCCGCCCCCGCGCCCCUUCCCACGCCAGGCACGGCGGGGGCGAUGGGCAAGUCCGGCCAGAAGGACCCGCGCCUCCGACAGCGCCCGGCGGGGCUCGCUCCCUCCGGGAGCGCUUUGCUCUGUCGCGUUUAAGGAAAGGGAAGGGGAAAGGCAUGACACGGAUUCUCCCGGGGAAGCGGAGAAAAAUGUACAUCCCGACGACAUGUAAGUACCCGGCGGCUCUGCCCGGUCUUCCCAGAUGUUUCCCGCGGGCAUGAGUCCAUGCAGAAGUUAAGUCUGCAGUUCCAGAGAAGAAAACCUGCCGACCACCCCCCGCUCCCGACCCUCCAACUCUGCCAGUCCAGCCUGGUCCUUACGAGAGAGCUCAACCCCGAGGUGAGACGGCCACUCAUGAUGUGUGGGACAACCCAGUGAUGCAGGACCCCGUGAGAUGGGCUCCUGUCAGGACAGUGUGUCACAGCCCAAGCUCCUCUCCAGUGUCAGCAGCGAGCUGGUGGUGGAUGGAGAGCUUGUUUGCUCAAGGCUGUCUCUGAGUGAGCCGAAUGCUGUUUCCAUGCCAAACCCUCGCGUGACAAGCAGCUGGGCUUCUCAGCUUAGGAAGGCUGGGACACCGCUUUGGUGUUGCAAACAGCUCCAGAUUGCUAAGUGAUCCUGCAAGGACACUGCCCCCUGCUCUCUUCCCUGCCUCUGCUAUGGACACUUCUGCUUUUAGCAUCCCCACGCCGGCAGUGUUGGAGGAGGAGAAUGCCUCCAGUAGCUGGGCAGGCUUCACUACUCCCAACAGCUCCUCCACUGUCAGCCCUGGUGUAGUUGUCAGCGGUGUCCUCAUCCCCGUGGUCUACCUCAUUGUCUGUGUGGUAGGGUUGGCUGGGAAUUCUCUGGUCAUUUAUGUGGUCCUACGGCACUCCGUGAGCGAGUCGGUGACCAACGUGUACAUCCUGAACCUGGCCCUGGCUGAUGAGCUCUUCAUGCUGGGCCUGCCCUUCCUGGCUGCACAAAAUGCCCUGUCCUACUGGCCAUUUGGUUCUUUCAUGUGCCGCCUGGUGAUGGCCGUGGAUGCCAUCAACCAGUUCACCAGCAUCUUCUGCUUGACGGUGAUGAGCGUUGACCGCUACCUGGCUGUGGUCCACCCCGGGAAGUCCUCCAAAUGGAGGACAGCACGGGUGGCCAAGGCUGUGAGUAUAACCGUGUGGGUGCUGUCUUCCAUAGUGGUGCUGCCUGUGGUUGUCUUCUCAGAUGUCCCUUUAGGGAUGAGUACAUGCCACAUCCAGUGGCCAGAGCCUGUCUCGGUGUGGAGAGCUGGCUUCAUCGUCUACACUGCCACCCUGGGCUUCUUUGGACCACUGCUGGUGAUUUGUCUCUGCUAUCUCCUGAUUGUUGUGAAGGUUCGCUCCUCUGGCAGGCGGGUGAGGGCUCUGUCCUCCAAGCAUAAGCUUUCAGAGCGCAGAGUGACCCGCAUGGUGGUGACUGUGGUGGCUGUCUUCGUCCUUUGCUGGCUUCCCUUCUACGUCCUCAACAUUAUCAAUGUUGUCUGCCCGCUGCCAGAGGAGCCAUCCCUCUUUGGAGUCUACUUCCUUGUGGUGGUGCUGCCAUAUGCCAACAGCUGCGCCAAUCCCAUCAUCUAUGGCUUCCUCUCCUACCGCUUCAAGCAGGGCUUCCGCAGGGCCAUCUUCAGGCCGUCCCGCCGAGUCCAGAGCCAGGAGGUGCCACCAUGCCCCCCAGAGAAGAUUGAUGAUGAAAGGGAAGAGGGUGAGAUCAGCAAGAUCACCAGGAAUGGAAAUGACAGGCAGGAGCGCCCUCCAAGCAGUGGAGAAGGAAAAAGCAACGAGCAAAAGCCACUCCCUGAGGAGCCUGCGGGAUGCGAAAAGAGCAGCAAGUUGCAUGUCAGUUAUUUAUGAUGAAAGGGGUGGUGCAGGGGAAAGAGACAUCGGGACAUGGGAUCCCCUUCACCUUCUCUGCUUUCAAAGGCAAUGGGAGAUGACACAAGGGAAUAAUAAAGUCCAAGAAUAGGCUUAAAGAUGAAUAGGGCUCCAUGAUCUUGUGGAAGAAGCAAGGCAUUGUUCUUGGCUUUGGAAGAGACACCUGAGGUUUGUGUGGUACCAGUGUAACCAGAAAUUGGUAAAAAAAUAAAACCUCCCUGACACUAAUAUAGCAUUAAGAAGCAGUCAUUCUUUAUUUGGCUGGAUGCAUGAGGGGAUAUCUCCUUCAAAAUAUCAAGCAUGCCAAGUACAAAAAAAGGUCCCAUUUAAGUACUAGAUUUUACAUACAUACUCAUUGAUUUUUCCCAGUAUAAACAUACAUAUGAUGUUAAUUUCCCCAAAACCAUUAAUGUAUUUUCCCUCUCCUUUACACAUGUGUUCUUCUGUCCUGGGAGUCUCUUGGUGGUCCUUUGUGGUUGGUGACCCCAAAGUCAUACCUGACUGCCUGAUGAACUGGUAAAAGUUGGCACAAAUGGGCUGGUUGCUUUCAAGUUCUUCCUACAGAAUAAGCAUUGUGCAGUUCCAUAGGCCAGUGGCUUUUGAAGAACGAGCAUCGUAUUCGCCACCAGGAGCAAACAAUUUUUCAUCUGGUAACACCAGGUAAAGAGCAGACUGCAUUUAGGGAGAGCUGAAGAGGUGAUGGGCACUGAGAGUACAGAGAAGCAAGGUCAGCACUAGAGUGAUGAUCUGCCCUUAGAUGAUCCAGUUUGGAGGGCAUAGGCUGCCAUCUCAUGGUGGCACCUCGAAGAAGUCUCCAAAUGGCAUACACCACAUGUAGGCAGCCCAGUCCCUCAACUUAUAAACAUGAGAAGGGGUCUACCUUAAAAGAUGAAUAGGAAGGAGAAAUGUCUGCAGCAAAGACAUACCAGCCAGUUGCAUGCAUGGCUGGCCCCUCUCUAGUUCUUCAAAAAGUCUUGGGGACA